AUCCCCCCGUUCCGCCCAGACAUAUUUGUUCCACCCGUGCCAAUCUUCCUGCUUCCCUUUCCCCUACAUCUCCGCAUCUCUACCCUCCCUACCUUUCCUCCCUGCUCCCUCUUCCGCACCCCUCCCUCUCUCCCGACACACACCACACGCCCCUCCUCUCUUCUUCCCGGCCCUCCUCCGCAUCUCAGAGUACAUAUUCUGCAUGCUCCUCCCCAUUCCCGCCGCCCUCGGUCACCACGAAGUCUCGGCGUACUAUUUGGGCGGUCUCCUCCGUGUGUCUAUUUGCAAAUCUUGAUUCCUUCGCAUCCCUUCCCGUGCCCCUUGAUUUGCUGCAUGGCACGUCGACUUCCACCGGACUACAGACCAUCUAUAAUACCACUUCUUCGCCUGCCUUCAUACAUAUCUUCCGUCCUUGCUUCCUCGAAAGUUUCAACUUGACCAACCUUCCAUACGGUGCCCAGCCUUAAUAGAUAAAUCGUUUGACUUCCAGCACUACCGGUACCGUUCGACUCGUUACGUCGGUCUGUCCUCCAUACUCUUGCAUCCUUCGACCUUAUCUUUCUAAAGUCACCCCUCACAUGGCAUUUAUGAAUACCUCAACCCAUUCAGAUUCUUGCCCCUCUACCUGCUCAAGCUCCAUAGCUUCCCUCUCUUCACUGCCAAUGACGCCAGAAACCUAUCCAGAAACCUAUCCGGAACCCAAUGUUGGAGUUAUACCCCCUCUCGAUUCGGAACUUUCACCUCCUCUCUUUAGCCUCGAGCAUGCUGACCUCGACCCGAAGCCGAGAUUCAUCAUUGGACCUGGAGAGUUUGAAGAGCAUCAUCAUGGGUGCCACACUGUGCCUGAAGAGGAGGAGGGUGACGAGACGGCCAGCGAAAUGCAUGAACCACUUACUCCCACCAGUGAUAGCCAUUCUGGUGUUUUCAUCGGUUCUAGCACCGAGGGAUUCCAUGUCAUCCCUAGUCCUCCAGCAAUUGUGAAUACACCAGCUACACCACCAGUAGUGGCUAAGCCGGCACCGUCUGUGGAGCCUGCCGCUACGCCUCGAGGCAAACUUAUGCGGCACGCCUCUGCUAAGUUUCAUGAAAUUAUGCGCAGGGUACAGUCGUCUGGCAGUGGGGUGCCGGUGGAUCAAUCUGUAGGACCAUACACACCCCAACCAACCAAAUCGAAAAGUUUUUUCUCGGUCCACAACACACCUGUGCAGUCUCAGGUCGGUACACCUGCCGUUUCUGUAUCACCAAUGUCGACAUGCGAGCCCUCGAUGCCCCAACCCGCGAGCACCUUUAAUGAGAAGGCUCCGGGCACAACCAAGCGGCCUGGUCUUUUUCCAAGACGUUUGCGCUCAAACAGUGUGAAUGGAAUCAAGAAUAUUACGGGAAAUGCAAUCACACAUCCAGCAACAUCAGGGGCUGGGUCAAAGUCGCGUAAAAUGAGUAAUGUGGUGCCGGUGAUGGAUGUUCCGGUUAUCCCACUGUCAUCAAAAUACGCCAAUCACAGUCAUGUUCCGGGAAAGAGCAAGAUUUGUGGUGAGGGAGUGUCUGCUAUUGUCAAGGUGAUGCAUAGGGUGUCGGGGCCGAACACUCAAUUGUACGCUGUUAAGGAGUUUAGAAAGAGGGGAAGGGAUGAAUCCAAGGAGGAAUACAUCGAAAAGGUCAACUCGGAAUAUUGCAUCUCGAAGAGCUUGAAUCACCCAAACAUUGUUUCGACAGCUGAUCUCUGCAUCAGUAGUGGUGAUCGCUGGUGCCAUGUUAUGGAAUAUUGCACUGGUGGUGAUCUUUUCACUUUGAUAUCGAAAGCCUUUAUGAAGGAGGCUGAAAAAUUGUGCUGCUUCAAGCAGUUGCUGAGGGGUGUUGCCUAUCUGCAUGAUCACGGGAUCGCUCAUCGGGAUAUCAAGCCCGAGAAUCUUUUGAUAACCAGCGAUGGCCAUCUUAAGAUAACCGAUUUCGGAGUUUCUGAGGUUUUCUCGGGCAAACAUCCAGGCUCGGCGGGCAUCAAGUGUGGAACCGAUAUGGCUGGUAUAAGGUUGAGCAAACCGGGUAUUGUGGGCAGUGCUCCGUACAUCUCACCAGAGGUUCAAAACAAGGAUGGUUAGUGUACAUUAAUCCCCUGGAUCGGUUUAUUCCUAACAGCCUACAGGUCCUUACGAUUCCCGGAAGCUGGAUGUUUGGUCCUGUGCGAUGGUCUUUUUCGUUCUCUCGUUUGGCGGCCCCUUGUGGAAUAAAGCCAACACUGCCGAUAGCACUCAAUACGUUAAAUAUGUCGAGUGCUUCAAUAAGUGGUUGACGAGGAAUCCUAGCGGCGAAAUGAAAAAGGACGGGGACUAUCCGAAAUUCCUCCCCUUUUGCCAGUUCAGACCUGCCACCAAGCGAUUGCUCUGCCAAAUGAUGCACUUGGAUCCCUCAAAACGAAUUACCUCUCAGGAGGCCCUUGCUGAUCGAUGGGUGCAAAGUAUCGAAUGUUGCAACGUGGACGACCACACCGAUCCGAAUGUCAAGCAGGUCGAUGCUGGCUCCAAGUCUGCUUGCAAGCAGGCCGGGAGGGUCGGCGUUCAUCGCCUACACGUUCAUCUACCAAUUCAGACCGGGACAACAUUCGGUCGCGAAUAUUAAACGCUAAAAAGCGGUUCAAAAACAACAGACGGAGUGGUUUCCUAGUCGAGGUAAUCAAUGUCUGUGAUUGUAAUUUUCUAGUCUUUCUUUUCUUGUGGCUUGCUUCUUUUUUCUUUAGGGCUUGUUUCAUUAGAGCGCGGGGUGGGUUUGUCUUUUGCCUCUAGUGCUCCUUUCUGUGAUUGCUACGUGCCGUCACUUUCUGUGUUCAAAAUUGUCCGGGAUUGGGCAAGCAGAAUCUAUUUUUUAGGCGGUUUGAUAUGACUUGUUAACUCACUUACCUAUUAUUCCGAACUUUUUACCUUUUAUCUUUUACGGCGCUUAUCGUUUGGUCUGUUUCAUACUGUCAAUUGCUUCAUCAACUUUCUUUCCUUUGGUGUUGAAUUUUUCUUUUUUUUUACCGGUCCUCAAGGUCGGCCAUGGCUAUUUUCCAUAUUUCCCUAUUCUUUUUUCCUUCCCCUCCCUCUGUUUCCACUUCCACGACCGUGCAUACAGUAUCUCUUGCACAGUAGCGACUUUCUAAAACUGUUCGCUGUCUAUAUUUCUUCAUUGCAUGUAUAGAUCAUUAUUAUCAUCAUUCAAUCUUAAUAAUUUUCGCAAUGAAGUUAUUCUGCCAUCAGGAUCCCGCAUAACACGAGCGACUUACGGUAGCCCGACCAACUGCAGUCUCCUCUCAAGUCUAACUGUUCAAGACCUUUGGGAAUCCCGUUCUUCCCCCUCUGUUUCCCCCACUUUCUUCUUUUCUCCGGUUACCAGUAAGCGGGGAGGCGGACAGGCAAGCAAAUGCUCUCGUAUUGCACCAUCAGGAACCCAUCUCACCACCGCACUGUGCUCGCAUCGUACAAAUGACCCACCGACCCAUCCGUCUACCUAUCGAUGCAGUGCUGCACGAGUGCUAGUACCGGUACUGUACUCGUACAGUGCAUACCUGCCGUACCUCCAAAGGUCCCUCCACCUCCUCCGCAUGCCGACGCGAACCGUCCAUCCACCUGCAAUUUACUGUACGAGUACAAGCACAGAAACACAAAAGACACCAAUCCAACCCGGCACUUGCGCAAAGCGGUCCGAUGUUAUUAUGUCGUGAAAUCCCUUUUGUUUUUACCCUCCUCUCCAAUUUCAAUUUCAAUUUCAGUUAUCUUUUCGGUAAAAGGAGAAAAAGAAAAGAAAAGCGCGGUUGUGUUGAUUGGAGGCAAGAGAAUACAAGCAUUUCUCGAACAACAAGGAGUGCUUCUACGGUACGGCGCUGUGUCAUGUCGUGCCCACACACAAAAGCUGGCUAACAGCGUCCCAGACACCUCAUAUCAUGCUCGCUAUUUAGAAUGCACCAUGGCACUUUAAUUAAAGAUCUACGGGUGCGGAUCGAAUCAUGUUUGCGAGUAUCGUGUCGUAGGUCAAGCUGGCCCGGACCGGACCGGUUCGUGAUUUGACCCUUUAUUCCUCAUUUUUUUUUUUCAUGCGCGCACCACCGUGAUAAUAAUAUUAUUAUGAUACCUACCUUACUAGAUGUUGUGUUUUGGGGAUUUGUGCUGAUUUGCUUGCUUUCUCUCAUUUUCCUGUUUCCCUCCUCCCCUUUCUUUUUCUUUUUCUUUUCCCCCCUUUUCUUUUUUGAUAUAGCGUCAUAGGGGAAUUUUAUCAUACGCAAAGGAAGGAAGGAAGGGAGGGAGGAAGGAGGAAAGGAGGGGGGGACUUUAUUUUUUAUUGCCUUCUUGCACUUUACCGUACCGGAUUUCGGGAGGGGAUUUGGAUGGAGAGUGAAUAUCCGGGCCCGGUCGUUUGGGUCCAUUUGGUUGACUUAUGAGGAGAGAGAAAGAAAAGAAAGGGAAGAAAGAAAAGUGUGGAGAACAUCUUGAGGAUGAUGAUGCAAUUCUCUGUAUGCCUACCGGUGAAUUAUGUUCCGUCCGGGGUCGGUAGGACCCGUGAGAGGAGGAGGAGGAGGGAUAUAUUUUAUUAUUGCAAGCUCACUCGC